UGGGUAAACCACCCCAGUCGCUGGUCAGAUAGCUAGGCGGUCAGUGGAUUGAGCGGCAAUAACGAUGCGCGAUAUAAAAUAGUGAUAGAGAAAAUGUCUACAGUUACUGUGUUACUCUUAUUUAAUUUAGUUCAUAUAGCUUUUGGGCAAACCACUCAAAAUAUUAAUGUUUUACUGAUCAACGAGGAGAGUAAUGCUUUGGCUGAGAAGGCAUUUGAAGUGGCUAAGGAAUAUGUGAGACGAAACCCAAGCUUAGGUCUUGCUGUGGAUCCUGUUAUUGUAGUGGGAAACAGAACAGAUGCAAAAUCAUUUUUGGAGAAUGUUUGCAGAAAAUAUAAUGACAUGCUCCUGGCGAAGAAGACUCCACACGUCGUUCUCGACUUCACAAUGACCGGCGUGGGCUCCGAGACCAUUAAAUCCUUUACAGAGGCUUUGGGCUUACCCACCAUAUCGGGCUCUUUCGGACAAGUCGGUGACCUGAGGCAAUGGAGGACCCUGAACGCUAAUCAAACAAGGUUCUUACUGCAAGUCAUGCCCCCAGCUGAUAUUCUUCCAGAAGCGAUAAGAGCUGUCGUCACUAAACAAGAUAUAACAAACGCCGCUAUUAUUUUCGACGAAUUCUUUGUUAUGGACCACAAAUACAAAUCUCUACUUCAAAACAUACCGACACGGCACGUGAUCACGCCGGUAAAGAGUUUUGAAGCUAACGAAAUUAAAACACAGCUCGAAAGUCUCCGAAAUUUGGAUAUUGUGAAUUUCUUUAUCGUUGGGAGUUUAAGAACUAUAAAGAAUGUUCUAGACGCCGCAGAUAAGAACCAAUACUUUGGAAGGAAAACUGCUUGGUUUGCUCUGUCAUUGGAGAAGGGCGACAUUAGCUGCGGUUGUAAAAAUGCCACCAUCGUGCACAUGCGACCGACGCCAGACGCGAAUAGCAGAGACCGAUUGGGAAAGAUUAAAACCACAUACAGUAUGAACGGCGAGCCAGAAAUUACAUCCGCCUUCUAUUUCGACCUGUCUUUGAGAACGUUUUUAAGUAUCAAAUCACUACUGGACUCUGGCAAGUGGCCAAACGACAUGAAAUAUAUUACAUGCGACGACUACGACGGCAAGAAUACACCAAACAGGACCUUGGAUCUCAAAACGGCGUUCCAAGAGAUAAAAGAGACGCCAACAUACGCUCCGUUUUUUAUUCCACAAGAUGACCCGAUGAACGGCAGGAGCUAUAUGGAAUUUAGCACUGAUUUGCUAGCGAUCACGGUCAAAGACGGCGCUUCUAUUAGCAGCCACUCGCUGGGUUCCUGGAAAGCUGGCCUCUCGUCUAACCUAACCUUGACUGACCCUAAUAACAUGAGUAAUUACUCCGCGCAGCUAGUGUACAGAAUCGUCACAGUCGAGCAAAAGCCGUUUAUUAUACGAGACGACAAAGCCCCUAAAGGCUUCAAAGGUUAUUGUAUCGACCUCAUCGAGGAGAUUCGGCAAAUCGUUAAAUUCGAUUAUGAAAUAAUACUAGCGCCCGACGGCAAUUUCGGUACAAUGGAUGAGAAUGGGAACUGGAACGGAAUUAUCAAAGAGCUCGUUGAUAAGAAAGCGGAUAUAGGCCUAGCUUCGCUGUCCGUUAUGGCUGAAAGAGAAAAUGUCGUCGACUUCACGGUACCGUACUACGAUUUAGUCGGAAUAACAAUAAUGAUGAAACUGCCAAGAACACCGACGUCCCUAUUUAAAUUCCUAACUGUUCUGGAAAAUGACGUUUGGCUUUCGAUAUUGGCUGCAUACUUCUUUACCAGUUUUUUGAUGUGGGUUUUCGACAAGUGGAGUCCAUACAGUUAUCAAAAUAACCGAGAGAAAUACAAAGAGGACGAGGAAAAGAGGGAGUUCACUUUGAAGGAGUGUCUAUGGUUCUGCAUGACGUCACUAACCCCUCAGGGAGGCGGUGAGGCGCCGAAAAACUUGUCUGGGCGACUGUUGGCGGCCACUUGGUGGCUUUUUGGUUUCAUCAUAAUCGCAUCGUACACGGCCAACUUGGCUGCGUUCCUGACUGUUUCACGGCUGGACACACCUAUCGAGUCACUGGAUGACUUGUCAAAACAAUACAAGAUACAGUACGCCCCGCUUAAUGGGUCGGCGGCCAUGACUUACUUCCAGAGGAUGGCUAAUAUCGAGGAGAAGUUUUAUGAAAUAUGGAAGGAAAUGAGUCUAAACGACAGUUUGAAAGAGGUCGAACGCGCCAAACUGGCCGUCUGGGAUUACCCAGUCAGCGACAAAUACAGCAAGAUGUGGCAGGCAAUGGAAGAAGCCGUUCUGCCAAACACCAUAGAGGAAGCUAUUCAACGCGUCAGAGACUCCAAGAGUUCCAGUGAAGGUUUCGCUUGGUUAGGCGAUGCUACUGAUGUGAAGUACCAUGUCAUGACGAGUUGUGAUCUCCAGUCAGUUGGAGAUGAAUUCUCAAGGAAGCCGUAUGCCAUUGCCGUGCAACAAGGAUCUCCUUUGAAAGACCAGUUUAAUAAUGCGAUCCUGCAACUACUAAACAAGCGAAAACUGGAGAAACUCAAAGAAAUCUGGUGGAACAACAACCCGGAGACUAUGAAAUGUGAGAAGCAAGACGACCAGUCCGACGGUAUCUCCAUUCAGAACAUCGGAGGCGUAUUCAUAGUUAUAUUCAUGGGAAUUGGACUGGCUUGUGUCACUCUUGGAGUGGAGUACUGGUGGUAUAAGUGGAGGAAGAGGCCUGUUGUUGGAGAUGUGACUCAGGUGGAGCCAGCGAAAUCAACCAGAAACAACGUUGACAAACAAGGUGAAGGUUUUACUUUCCGCGGAAGGAAUUUAGGUCUCACUUUUAAACCUAAGUUCUAAAAUACUAGAACAAAAACUAUUAUCCGUAGGUAUUUUGGUAUUUCCAUAUGUUCAUUGAUCUCAUUUUAUUUAAAUAAGUAUAUUUGUGUAGAUCUGCCCCAAUGUAUGCAAGUGUGAUUGCAAUAAACACGUAUAAACACCACAAA